AUGGAUGACUGGAAUGUGUUGAGUCACACAUGGCUUGAACACAAUAACCAACUGAGUACGAGUGUAAGAUUAACUGUGACGGCUUUGGUGGAGAAGACUUACACCAUAAAGGUGCACACAGGAGAUUUGUUGCAUGCUGGAACAGAUUCUCGUGUUUUCAUUUUUAUAAAUGGAAGCAAAAAUAACUUGGAAGCUGAGCUUUUAAACUCAUCAUGUAACUGUUUUGAACAAAAUCAGAUUGAUUUCUUCACGAUAAAAACGAAAGAUCUUGGAUGCAUAACGGAAUUUAAUUUAUCUCAUAACCAACGUGGACUGGCUUCCGAUUGGUACCUUGACUCAAUUGAUGUUUACGAGGGACACAAUCAUUACAAGUAUGAAUUGAAAGAAUGGGUCGAUGGCUCAAGAAAAAUUAGACUCCGCUUAAAGGACGCUCGUGAAGCACAAAAUUGUCAAGUUUCUGCAAGUGAAGGCUCCAGAGAAACAAGUUGUCUUCAUGGAACAUUGUACAUGAAGGCUCUGUGUGACAACCUCACGACUACAAGUGGAGCAGUCAAAGCGUAUACAGAGAACAGCACCCUGGAACCAACAACAGCGCUCUUCACGACCAGCUAUAAUUCUAUGCACCAGGAUGGGAGCAAGCAGGCUCAAAUAGCUGACACCCUGCAGUGGCUGGUGCCUGUUGGGACACUGCUCUCCUUGGCUCUUCUGGCGGCUACACUGGUUGCCUUUUGUCUGUACCAAAAAAGAACCGCCAUGAAACGUAUUGUACAGGACAAAUAUCACAGGUAAAUAUAGACGAACCAUGCAUCUUAAAAUGUAUUUUGUAGGGCAGCUAGUCGAAUAGUAUCGGACCAAAUUAGCAUAGGUCAAUGACUAAAUGUAUCUUUGUUAUUUAGCCAAAACAUAACAUUUGUUUGAGGUAGUGUUACCGAUUAAGGGGGUGAGAUUGUAUUUUUGUACAGUAAAGUACAAUGUGCUCCUACACCGCUGGCAACGUUGUCUCUGACAUUUGUUUUGUUCAACAAAUGCCACUCGGGGUUAAAAGUAAGAUCUCCGUCGCCAUGGCAUUUUGGUGACUGGAAAACAAACAUUACAUUAUGGUGUCAUUUGGUCACGGCUCACCGGGAAACACUGUCACCUGGCGCAAUGCAUUGUCUACGCCUGACCUCGUCCUGGGGACUACAUUUUCCGUUUGUUUCCGCAGUUGUGCUGCGUAGUGCA